UGUUAUAAUUAUUGGAUCAUCUUGAUUUCACAACCAUUUUAUCGCUUGCUAUGACUUUAUUGCCAUCACUUUUAAGCUCAACUGAAUUCCGUGCGCAUGCUUACUUUUUAAAACGUUCUCUAUUCCAGGUCAUCAUACACGCUUCUCUACACAUACCCGUCUAUAAACAACGUACUCAAGAAAUAGAAUCAAUCAUCUAAAACUCUGGACUUUAUAUAAUCUCGGUAACUGGCUUUAAGUAUUGUAUUUGACACCGCGGAUGUCCAGAAGCUCCAAUUGUUUUCGAAAAGGAUUUCCUCUGAGAUCAUUCAAAAAGGAAUUAGAUUAUGCCAAAAAUGAAAGUGGCGCUCAGAAUCACGGUGUUAAGAAUGAUACAGAACAACCACUAGAUGCUGAAAGUGCGUUAAAUGAAUCAAAUGAACACCGAUAUUUGAGAGCAAAAGCUAACGACAUAACUGAUCGGCGAUACGGCUUCGAAACAUUUGUUGGUCCUGGCGAGCGCAUCGGCUGGCUCGUAAACAUGCACCCCACUGAUUUACUAGAUGAGUCGAAGAGACUGGUCAGUGGCAUCGAUCUUUAUUUCCUUCAAACGGACGGGAACCGUUUCAAAGUUUCGAGACCUUAUCUCCCAUAUUUCUAUGUGCUGGUUCGUGGAGGUGAGGUCGCAGAGCGUGACGCCAACUCGUAUCUAUUGAAACGAUUCUCCGGUCGUCUUGCUGGAAUUGAAGUUGUUUCCAAGAACGAUUUAGAUUUGCCUAAUCACCUUGUUGGAAUCAAAGCAACUUACCUUAAGAUGUUGUUUUAUAGUGUGGAUGAGUUAGUUCGAGUUCGCAGGGAGCUAGCUGUCCGGAUCCGUGCAAAUCGUGAGCUGGCCUCUUCGGGAUCUUCUUAUACGGAUAUAUUAGCUGAACACUUCAGAAAUGACGACUAUGGAAUUGUAACUAACCAGUUAAGCGUAAAGCAAAACCGUAGUGAUCCUCUUGAUAAUUUGUUUGAUCUAAGAGAGUCAGAUGUUCCCUACUUAACCCGUGUAUGCAUUGACUUGAAUAUAUUUGCUGGUUGCUGGUAUAUCACAACAUGUAAGCCUGGAUACCCUCCUGAAAUUAAGCAUCAUGAAGAUACGGUGGCUUGGCCUGAGCCUGUGGUAUUGGCAUUCGAUAUUGAGACUACCAAAAUGCCUUUAAAGUUUCCUGAUCCUGCAAAUGAUCAAAUAAUUAUGAUAUCGUAUAUGUUAGAUGGAGCUGGACAUCUUAUCUGCAACAGGGAAAUCCUAUCAGAAGAUAUAGAGGAUUUUGACUACACACCAAGACCAGAGUUUCCAGGUCACUUCACUGUGCAUAAUUUGCAAACAGAAUUAGAUUGUAUUACAUUUUUCUUCGAACAUAUUCAGAGAGUUCGACCAAACAUAUUGGUUACGUAUAACGGCGAUCAUUUUGACUGGCCAUUUAUUGAAGUUCGAGCCGCUAGCUACGGGCUCUCCAUAUCCGAAGAAAUUGGGUUCUCUCGUCAGAAAGGUACUGCGGGCCCUGGAAGAGAUGGAAGUUCUGGCGAGUACCUAUCACGACCAGCAGUUCACAUUGACUGCUUAUGCUGGGUUAAGCGUGAUAGUUAUCUUCCCGUUGGAGCUCGUGGUCUUAAAGCUGUCGCCAAAGCUAAACUACGAUAUGACCCAAUUGAAGUAGAUCCAGAACUAAUGUGUCGUAUGGCUCACGAAUCACCUAGAGAGUUGGCGAAUUACUCAGUGUCUGAUGCAGUUGCUACCUACUAUUUGUAUAUGAAGUAUGUCCAUCCAUUUGUAUUCGCACUAUGUACAAUACUUCCGUUAAACCCUGACGAUGUUCUUCGUAAAGGCUCCGGUACACUAUGCGAGGCUCUUUUGAUGGUUCAAGCUUAUGCAGCGAACGUUGUCUUUCCCCACAAACAGACAGAUGGUGAAUCUGGACCUAACAAUUUGUUGUUGAGUGAUUCUGGAAUUUCUGGAAAGUUUACGGAGGACGGACAUCUUAUCGAUUCUCAGACUUAUGUUGGUGGACAUGUGGAAGCCUUAGAAGCGGGUGUUUUUCGUGCUGACAUACCCGUUAGAUUUCGCCUAGUUCCUGCAGCCCUGGAAGCAUUAAGAGCUGAUGUCAAACGUUGUAUGAGUCGAGCUCUACAGGCGGAGAUAGGUGCAGAAGACGAAGAUGCAUUGUUUAGUGUCAUAGCGAAGGAUAAUUUUAACAAGAUUUGUGGACAAGUUGAGGACACCUUACAACAAUUGGCCUCCACACCUAACCGAAUUGAAUGUCCUGUUAUUUAUCACUUGGAUGUUGGUGCCAUGUAUCCAAACAUUAUUCUUACUAAUCGACUUCAACCAUCAGCUGUCGACUCUGGUUCUGCUGCUAAGUGUGCCGACUGUGAAUUUUACAAACCGGGAAUAUCCUGUCAACGUUUUAUGCCGUGGACAUGGCGUGCAGAGCUCUGGACAGCUUCCAGACCGGAAGUUUAUCGAAUCCGUGCUCAACUUUCCCAAGAACGCUUUCCCAUUAAAUUGACUGACGCUAAUGACAAGUUCGUCAAGACUGUGAUGAAAUCAUUUCACGAAUUGUCAAAGGAAGAACAAGCUGUAGUGGAGAAAAAGCGUAUCACGGAUUAUUGCCGUCGAGCUUAUAAACGUAUUCACUUAACUCGAACUGAAGAACGCCUUGCUAUGGUCUGUCAACGAGAAAAUUCUUUUUAUGUUGAUACAGUCAAGGCAUUCCGUGAUCGUCGAUAUAAAUUUAAGGGUUUGACAAAGACAUGGAAGCGUCAUUAUGAUGAUGCAUGUGCAGCUCUGUCCGCUGGGACAGGUGAUUCAAAUGCUGUAAAAGAGGCUAAUGCGAUGCUUGUACUGUACGAUAGCCUUCAACUGGCGCAUAAGUGUAUUCUAAACUCUUUUUAUGGCUAUGUAAUGCGACGCGGUGCCCGUUGGUAUUCGAUGGAAAUGGCUGGCAUUGUCUGUCAUACUGGUGCUAAUAUCAUAACUAAAUCGAGAGAAAUAGUAGAACAAAUCGGCCGUGCUUUAGAACUGGAUACUGAUGGAAUAUGGUGUAUUCUUCCUGCAAGUUUUCCGCAAAAUAUUGAAUUUACUGCUGUCGGUCCAAAGCCAUCUCGUAUUUCGAUUUCAUAUCCCGGAGCUGUAUUGAACAUCAUGGUGCAAGAUUUUUUCACAAAUCAUCAGUAUCAUGAAUUAGUUGACCAGGAGACUCUCACUUACAAAAUUCGUUCCGAAAACUCCAUAUAUUUUGAAGUUGACGGUCCAUAUAAAGCCAUGGUUCUACCUGCUGCGAAAGAAGAAGGAAAACGUCUAAAAAAGCGUUACGCUGUUUUCAAUUUCGAUGGGAGUUUGGCAGAAUUAAAAGGAUUCGAGAUUAAACGGAAUGGUGAACUACAGCUGAUUAAAAUAUUUCAGUCAUCUGUGUUUGAGGCAUUUCUUCGUGGGGAUAGUUUAGUUGAAGCCUAUUCAUCAGUAGCUAGUGUUGCUGAUCAUUGGUUGGAUGUACUUUACUCUAAAGGAGCUGAUAUGCCAGAUUCUGAAUUGUUCGAUUUGAUUUCGGAAAAUCGAAGCAUGUCUAGAAAACUGGAAGAUUAUGGGAGUCAGAAAUCGACAUCUCUAAGUACUGCUAGACGAAUGGCUGAAUUUUUAGGAGACCAAAUUGUUAAAGAUGCCGGUUUAUCUUGUCGUUAUAUCAUUGCACGGCAACCCGACGGUGCUCCGGUAACCGAACGAGCUAUUCCUUUAGCUAUAUUUCAGGCAGAAGGAUCAAUAAAACGUCAUUAUCUUCAAAAGUGGCUUAAAGAUUCGAAUCUUGAUGAGCAUACUGAUAUACGUGAAAUACUUGAUUGGUCCUAUUAUAUUGAACGCUUGUCGAGUGCCAUCCAAAAAAUUAUCACAAUCCCAGCGGCUUUGCAGCAGGUUUCUAAUCCAGUACCUAGAGUUAGUCAUCCUGAUUGGUUACUUCGUAAAUUAGCUGAAAAAAUGGAUACAUAUAAACAACGGAAGUUAACAGAAGUGUUCGUCUUAAAAAAUCCAGUGACAAAUAAACCUCAAGAACAAAUUACUGAUUUACCAGAUCUAGAAACACUAUGUUCAAGAAAUGACGAGAAAGUUAAGUCUACCACACCCAUCAUCACUCGACACCUCCCUGUAAAGCGAUUCCGGUCACCUAACAGUCCUUUUAAAUCAUGGAGAGAACAGUUAGGUGAACCUCCAAACUUGGAUGAUGCUAAUACUUCGAAAAAAUUGACUGAAUGGCUGGCGUUUCAUCAAGCUAAGUGGCGUCUCCAAUUAGAACAGCGUCAAUAUUUCACUAAAUCUAUGGGUAAUACAAAAAUAAAUGGCGAUUCCGACCAUGGGUACUCAUUCAUACCAUCUGCUAAAAGACAGCGUGGUUUGGCCAAAUAUUUGAACCAAACUCGAGUAAAUCUAUUCACAGCCGUAUGGCAGGUGAUUGAGAUUGUCCCGGAUCCUGGGCAAAUUGGUCACUAUACACUAUGGGUUUUGAUUAAUUCACCUGAUUCCGGGUUAGUUCCUUCGCUAAAUGCUGUAGAUGUAACAGUAUCCAGAAAUUUCUAUGUUAAUAUGCGUACACCCAAAUCCAAGGACUCUGGCCCACUCUUCCGUAAAGUAUCUGGCAAUGUAUCGAUGGGUAAUGAAACCAGAAGUGCAAGUGGUCUUAUUCUUCCCAGAAAUCACACAGUUUAUCAUCUAUAUGAGUACAACGUUCCAGAAAGUGUUUACACUGAACACGCUCCAGAAAUUGCUACGGAUUUAGCAAGGCCAGAUGUUGAAGGCGUGUAUGAACUUGGUGUUCCAAGUUUAUUUCGUAUACUAAUGAAAGUAGGAUGUUUGUGUACAGUUGACCGGGAAGCUUUUAGAAAUAAUCAACAUGGACCAGUUUCGGACGAAGGCAGUUUUAAUUUGGACCAACUAUGUUUCUGUUCUUUGGUCCAACAUCCAUAUUUAUCUGGUUGCGGUCUGAGGCACUUAUUCUUAUUUCACCAUCAGUUGCCUUCAGUAGGACAGGCCAUAACAAAAAAAGAUUCACAAAGACAGCUUUACCUUUUGAUUGUGCCAUGGACUAGGUGUGGUUAUGUUUGUGUAAUUGAUAGUGCAAGAAUUAAUCAGCUACCGGAUUUAAAUGUUUUGUAUUUGAGACAACGUACUAAGUGUUUUCCUCAAUAUGAAAACGAAGAUUUCCCUCCGGAUACUUUAAAUUUUGAAGUGCGCACUGAAUCAGAUGCAGUUAUUGGUCGUCGAAUAGUCCAACGUUGGAUUACUGGGCUAUGUAAAAGUAUGGGUGCACGAGAGGCAAAUUCCAAGGAAGCAAACAUAACUAGCUCUCAGUCAGCUGCACCAAUUGUUAUUUUGCUCCAUUCUUCUCUAUCUGCUACACAACAAGAUAUCUCAAGCGGUUCUAAUGAAGUAAAUUGGCCACUGAAUGGUGAGAUAAUUGGACGUCGUCGUAGCCCUCAACUACCUGUUUUAUCUGAAUUUCCUGUAAUUCAGCUUGGUGGUACUAUGAAUGAUGGUGAAAGCCAAAUAGGCGAUGUAGAGUAUAGCAUGGACGCCUAUAGUCUUUUAAAUUGGCAACAAGCGGCUGUAAAACGGGGUAUUCGUUAUUUUUUACAGUCUGAAGCACGUCUCGAACGUCAGUUGGAGUUGGCGCGUUAUUUACACAUUCCUGUUGGAAAUAUACCAGUUUCUGAAGCUCCUUUACCUGUUUCGUUGACUCCAAGUCAAGAUAUUCAACCUCCUGCCAGCUCUAUAAAUGCUAUUGAACUGGGUUGUGAUCUAUUUUACGCUAGACAUUUGGUUAAGCAUAAUCAUGUUCUUUGGUGUUCGUCCUCUGGUCGUCCAGAUUUAGGUGGGAAAGAAACAGACGAUCAACGUCUUCUACUUGAAAUGGAAGAAUCUGGAGUAGUUGAAAUCAAUCGACCUGGUCUUUAUCCAUACGUCAAUGUUGAAUUGGAAUUCACUAAUUUGGCUGUAAAUACUUUGAUAAUAGCGAAUCGUAUUCCAGAACUGGAAGGUGCUACACUAUUGUCAUUCGACCGUUUAUCUGCUGCAGAUAGAACUCUUGAAGAGCAGUUAAAUCAAGGUGUUAAUUUAGGUACACAUAUUACAAGCUACGAUGAAACAGCUGCAUGUAGUGCUGCCUUUCGCAUUCUUCGUAACAUGGUUCUUGCUUGGGUUCGUGAUGUUACACAAUACCAAAAUCCUUUGGCCGAUGAACAAAUCAUUUAUUUUUACCAAUGGCUUCGAUCACCUCGUUCAUUAUUUUAUGAUCCUGCUUUAAGACGUACUGUUCAAAAAUUAAUGAAAAAAGUAUUUCUUAAAUUGGUCGAUGAAAUAGGUCACUUUCAUGUGGACGUAAUCUAUGCAAAUUUUAGUCGCUUAAUUAUGUCUACUCAUAGAAUUGAAUUACCUGAAGCUUUAGCACGCGUAGAUUAUUUUACACAAUUAUUGCGUACACGCCAAGGAACUCUGUUCACUCACCUGGACUUGCAGUAUGUAACUAGCUGGCGUCAGUUAAUUUGGAUGGAUUCAGCCAAUUACGCUGGUAUAAAGGCCUCUGUAGAAAAUCUAGUCGAUGGUAAAGAUGUUGAAUGGGGUAAAGUGUUAACCAUUCAACAUCAGUCUCAUACUCAUACUGAAGAUAAGGAAAACAAUAUAGAAGGACAACCUAAUCUUCCCGAUCCUGAGCUUGAUAUGCAUUGGCAUUUAGCACGUUAUUUACCUGAGACACGUGGUUUAAGAAGUAAAUUUCAAAGUCUUCUGGCAGGCUAUCUUUUGGCUAUUUACAAUGCAGUUCGAAAUGAACAUCGCCGUUUGAUUGAAUCCAUUAGUUGUUCUUUGAAUGAACCACACGGAUCUCUUGAAUUUGAUGCUGAUGUGAAUAAAGAUCCUAACUGUGUACAUGAAGCUGAAACAACACCAUACAAGUCAGACGCUACUGUCUCUCCUGGAGUUAAGGAAUAUGAAGAACGUUUAUUUAGAGAUCAAUUGGCCCCAGAGUUAUACAAUCUAAUUAUUCGCCUACAACGGAAAGCUGCAUGGAUUGAUCCAGAGUUAGUGAGAAAAACUGACCCGUCAAUUGGUAAUAAUAGGACCUGCCAAUUAAAUAAUGGUUCAAACAUACCUCGAAAUAACGAUCUUGUCAGUGCUUACCUUGCGGAAAAGUCAGUCGGUUCAGGCAUAGAGUUCGAUGCUACCAACAACAACAAAAACUCGAGUCCGAACUUAGUUCUACCUCUUUUACCUGCACAUCAGGCUAUUUAUACUCUGAAUUUCACUCCGCUUCUUGAUUUCAUCAAAUCAUUGUGUGAGGUUUUGAGUUUAGAGCCAUUCGCGAAGUUACACAUUGAAAGCAUUAGACAUGAUUUACUUCGUUUAAUAAAUGUUGGAGAAUUUUCACCUGAGGCCAUUUGGAUUGCCCCUCAUAUGGUUAGGGAUUGUCCGUUGAACCAAGAUCCAAAUAAAUAUACUUUUGAAACAACUGCUAUUCGUUCUCUACUAGUGUAUCUCCCAGAGGUUGCUUGCCCAACGUGUAAUUUUACACGGGACAUAGAUGUUUGUCGUGAUAUACAUGUUGUCUGGAUAAUGGCAUCUAUGGAUUCAAUGCACGUUGAAACUAGACCAUCAGGUUAUUGGGCUUGGAUAUGCCCACAUUGUCGAACAGUUUAUCCACGUGAUAGGCUAGAAGAAGCGCUUGUUCAACAGCUUGAACAAUUCUCACUUCAACAUUGUUUACAGGAUCUCCAGUGUCCUAAAUGUACUGUAGGUGGUGGGAUACAGGAGUUGCUGAUUGCAAAUGGUGGGUCAGUUGCUCAGUGUGCUGAUUGUUCUACGAAGCUGACACUAACUGUUCCAACUGGUCAUGCAGUUUAUCGUCGUUUAGAUGUUUAUCGUAAUAUCGGCGUACAUUUCGGUUUUGAAUACUUAGAACAAAUCGCUUAUUGGCUUAUCCAAGGAUUACAACAAUAGACAGAUUCUUCAUCUUUUUCAUAUGAACCGAUAUGUAAUGCAUUUUUAUAACAUCAUUUUUGCUAAAAGAAUAUUUUGUAUUGGUUUCCAUUUUUAUAUUGCAGAUUAUUUGAAAAUUUGAUCUUUUGUCUACCUUUUUCAAAUAAAAUAAGUACCCCAUUUUUCUUAGUGUUCUUGUCUUUCAACAAGGAAAUUUUUUGAAAACACUCGCAACUUUUUUCAAUAUUGUGUGUUUCACUGUGUAUUUAUUGCUUAAGAUAAACGUGCUUGCGUGAUGCCUGAGGUUUUGAUAUGGAAUGAAUAUUUGAUUGUUGAAUAAGUAUGAACAUUUCGUUACAUAUUGAAAGUAUAUGGGAUGCCAUUGAAAUCUCAAUUGGACUCUUGAAAAGUCCACAUACUUGAUCUCACUAUUAAUCCACGUUUCCUAUUUCUGUCAUACCAAGAUAUAGCCUGAUUUUCAAUUGCCACAUAUUAUGACUAUCUCAUUGCGUUAACUAAUGAUUUCAAUUAGCGACUUUAAAUAUGCAGCUGAACGCAACCUAAAGUUCGGCUUCAACAUUCCUGUUCAUUGUGUUGGAUCCUCUAGAUAAACGAAUAUAUAUGCUUCACCACUAGUCAUUACAGAACAAUUCCCAAUGUUAUGUAUCUUUGAUUCCAUGUGAAACUCAUUUAUAAUUAGAUUUUUCAUCUUUUGGUAGCUGACACGCAGUGCUCUUACAAAUUACCAAUUUCAGUCUGUGAGUAACCAGUAAUUAUUAUUCGUUGGAGUAUGUUGAUUAAAAAUAAAACGAUUAACCAUUAGAAGUUCUGUAAUCUUGUUGUUCAUAAGUUCGCCAUUCCCACAAGUUUGCGAACAGAAUGAACUAAUCACUUUUUAGUUGGAAGGUAUAAGACUAUCAUAAUAAUUGUUCAAAGUGAAACUAGGUUGGUCUUAAACUGGCAUUCACGGUUCACGUAUGCUAUUUUCGAUAAUUCAUUAAAUAAAUUCCCUUUUGUCAAACUUACUAAACCUGAAAGGAGCUCUUAAAUAAUAAAAAAAGCAAACCGUUAGGUGGUAGUUUUUUUUUCAAGUAUGACAUGUUUAAUCUUGUUUGUUUAUCUGUUUAUGUUUUCGGGUUGUAGAUUGUUGUGUGACAUAUAUACGUACCAUUCUUAGUGGUUUUACUCAAAUUUUCAAUUGUUUUUUCGUAAUCAUGAUUGAGGAUGUUUCACCGUUUAUACAAACUGUGCUGGGUACUGGGUUAACAUGGUUUGUAACUGCGAUUGGCUCUAUGUUUUGUUUCAUCAUUUCGAAUUCCUCAACGAGUCUAAAGAAUCAGAUUCUUGACGGCAGUUUGGGUUUUUCAUCUGGAAUUAUGUUAGCUGCAUCAUUCUGGUCCCUGUUAGAACCAGCAUUGGAGAUGGCUAAAAUUGACUUAGGUCUAGGUACAUAUUGCGUCUUCCCUGUAAUGUGUGGAUUGUUCAUCGGUGCAGCGUUUGUUGGAUUAGUGGAUACUUUUUUACCUACCCAGUGUACAAUUGAAAAGUUAUGCUGAAAUUCAGAAAUGGUCAAAGGCAUUCUACAAGCUUUUGGUUUUAUCGUGUUUAUGUGUGGAGUAUAACAAUUACAAAUAGCAAUAUUGAAACCUCUCAUUUUAACUAUAAUAUUUCUGGUGAUUUUUAGUGGCUCGAAACAGUGCCUGUGGCAAUUAAUGAUUCUUGCUACUCAGUGUCUAAUCCAAGCUCUAGCAUUGUAUUUCGUAAGUCAUAAUAAUUUAUAUCUAAAUCUUGUAUAGAUAUUUACCUCCUGUUUAUUUUUCUGCUCAUAAAAGUCACAGAAAAGCAAAUCUGUUGAGACAUCUAUUUUCGGAUGACAUGUAUAAGUUGAUGUCAAUCAAAAUUUCUGGUUUUAUGUGUUCAUUCCCAAGAUUUUUACGUAUUUGAUUUUCAACUUAUCAUUUAUUAUAUCUGAUGUAUUUAAAACGGAUUAUAGUGUAAUUUAGUGUUUAAAACGUCGUCUCGGAAGAAAAUAAGAAAAUAAAAAUUCAAUUAACAACCCACAUCUACGUGAAUCCAGGUGUUGUCGAAAUUACACACCUGGAAUUCAGUAUUCAAUAUAUUGAGUAACUCAUAUAAUACCAGCAUCUGAGAAUUUGAACGUUGGCUUCAAAACAUCGUAAACACCUUUUCCGAAUAAUUUAUUUUGAAUAUCGGUUACCUUUUUUCUACAUUGAGCAACUUUUCAUACUCCACUGCAUACCUUAUAAUCAUAAAUAUUUCACACCAUAGAUAAACUGUUAUCUAACAGACUAGCUAUUGUGACUGGAGUCGGUGGUUAUACUAAGUUAAGUUUUGCAAACUUGGUAGUUUAACGUUUGAGGCCUGAUUCUAUCUUGUUAUACUAAAUUAUCUCUAUUACAGUGAUAUUUAUUAUUCCUCUGGAACUUAUAUAUCUUUAUUACUACUACCAGUACAUAGUACAUACAAAUAAGUGAGUGUAAUAUACGAUAUUACUAAAUUUCUGGAAGGUUUCCUUGUUUACGUCUGGUAUUUCUUUUUGGUCCAACAAUGUAGGUUUCUUAAGAUGACUCAUAUUCAUAAUUACUUUUAUCUUUUUGAAUGUAUUUGCUAGCUGAACUUCAAUUGUUUACUCAUAUCAAGAACCUACGUAAACUGGAUAUCAGUUGAAAACUAGGUAGCACUGGAAUGCUGUUUUGUCUUAGUUUGGGACUCCUCAUCAACACCCGUCUACGAUCUAGACAGAACAUAAAACUAACAGAAUGUCAAUAAACAUCCUGGUAUCUCCUACUAAUACUCAUAAAUGCUUUAAUAUUUCUGUUUUAACGGUUGGUUUUCCACGUUUACACGAAUGUGACGUUAAUUUACCUUAGAUGAAUAUCUACACUAGAUUCCCUUCCAGUAUUUAUUUUACAGGACUUCAACACAACUCAGAUCAAGAACACGUGAUUAGCCUGACUAGAACGUAAAUAUAUUUCCACACCGAAACCCAACACAAUCCAACAACAAUGAACAACCAAUAAUAAUAAUUGGGUAGGGGAAUAUAUAACUCAUCUAACACCUGUCAGACUAUCUAAAUGUCUAAAUGUCAAAAUUUUAUUAUUAGAAAGUAAUGCUCAUAUUCCAUUGUUUGUUAAACUUAUUUGCAUAUUAAGGUAAAUCGUUCCCUUCUGAAACAGUAAAAAAUAUAACAUAAUGUCUGGUGAUUUUUGAAUUGUUGUUUUCCUAUGAGCUUAAAUAUUUCUCAUGUAUGUAUACUUUUGAAUCUCAGUUUCGCGUUCCUGGUGGAAACAGUCAAACCUUUAGAUCAUGUUCGACUUGAUCAAUAUUUUGACCCUCAUAGGAUUACUCAACUUGGGGCUAGUAUCUCGAUUUAAUUCUCUGUUCUCGAUAAACUCAAUCAAACUUUGAUUUUAAUUAGAUAUAAUGGCUGAAAAUUAAAUGUGACUGGGAAUUAAUCAUAUUCUUUACAAAAACUACGCAUUUUUUAACAGCGGGACCGUUUAUUUUUCAGCAAACAAUCAUGUUAUAAAAAUCAGUAUAGGGUUGUGGAGGUUAAUUGAGAUCACGAACCGAUAAAUGUUCGACCACGAAUAAAAACCUGGAAGCACUGGACAACCGUUUUCUCCUAGUGUGGGACUCCUCAGUAGUGCAUAUUCACGAUCUUGCACGCAGGACUCGAACUCAGAGCCUGAACUUUCUACCGAGUGAUUUUUCAUUUAUUUUUUUGUUAUGUCUCCAAAUGACAAUGUGGUCAACGAGUAUUAAGGAAAAUGAUACAAAUUCCACUAAAACGGCUUUCAAUAAAAGUUACAAAGUACCAAUGGUGUAGUAACAUAAAAAUAAAUAACCUAACUCGCUCAAAAAUAUUUUCCCGAAUUUAAAUUUUCAUUUUGUCACUUCACCCUAAUACUCGUGAAUCGAUACUCUGUGAUUAUGCACAUAAGCUUAAAGAAACAGGUGAUUUCUACCAAACACCUAAUUCUCACCAAGAACUACUAGUUGAAAAUCAUGUUCUAUUAGUGUCCUAGUUAGUUUAUAUCAUUUUCGUAAACUAGACUUUUUAUUUCCCUCUCGUUAUUAUCACGCUUCCUAUUUAUUUAUUCAAUCACAUGCAACAUAAAACCUGGCACAUAUAUCUAACGGUUCAAGUCGCCACAUCCCAUAGAGGUAGUAAUUUCAAAUUGACAAAACAAAUCCCAGAGCUAUAAAGUUAUUGUAAGAGUAGGCUGUAAGAAAGCUAGGCACAUUUAAAUAAAACGCGGUAUCAGUCCUUAAAUUCAUUGAUUGUUGGAAUGAACCAUGUAUAUAUGUGCAGACUACAUGAUCGAGGUAAGCGCGAUUAUCGUAACCAAUCUUUAGAGACUGAAUGACAAAGCUCAGAGUCUUUCACAAUGGUGUAGGUGCAUUCACUUUUAUUUUCCCUUAGAACAUGAGCCCCAGGAUCUUCUAACACCAUUUUGUGUGUCUGAUCUUUCUUAUUAUUACUGAUAUUGCUACUGCUUGAUAGUUUUGUCUCUCUGUGCUAGAGCAAGAGAGAGAUGGAAUACGGUUUUCUGAAAAUCCGAGCUUGAUACACCCAGGUAUUAGAUUAUUCGAUCACUGCGCUCGAUACAAGAUACACACUUUCGGAUGAAACUAUUGAGAAUCAGAUUAAAUUGGUAAAAAUUUACUAACAUAAUUACAACAACUCCACGCACUGUUUUGAAUCCAGAGAAAUCGAUAGUAGAACGAAUUCAAAGUAUCAUAUAGUCUUUUGAUACUUCCUACAGGUGAAUGUCUAUCUUUGCUCGGUGGCCAGUUAUUUCUUAUUUUCUCUUGCCACAUCAUAUGGUAAUAAAAAAAUCAUUAGGCGUAUAAAUUUUCAUAAAGAAAUGUAACGACUUACGACAUAGGGCAAUAUAGAAUGGGUACACCUAUGCAAAUAACUUUGAGCCCAGUCUUCCAGUCUCUAAAGAUUGGUUACGAUAAUCGCGCUUACCCCAACCAUAUAGAAGGCAGUGGCUGGACAUACGUAAUUGCAUGUGCGAACCAUCUCAAUCAAUAGAGAUUCAGUAUCUCAUCACACCCCCCUACAGUCAGCUGUCCAACUUCGUCCUCAGGCCUGAAAAUAUACUCAAUCAAGACUCUAAACAUGCG